AUGGUAAACGUUAGGACAAUGGAGAGUGUGGUAGAACAGAGGGACAUGGUAAACGUUAGGACAGUGCAGAGUGUGGUAGAACAGAGGGACAUGGUAAACGUUAGGACAGUGCAGAGUGUGGUAGAACAGAGGGACAUGGUAAACGUUAGGACAAUGGAGAGUGUGGUAGAACAGAGGGACAUGGUAAACAUUAGGACAAUGGAGAGUGUGGUAGAACAGAGGGACAUGGUAAACGUUAGGACAGUGCAGAGUGUGGUAGAACAGAGGGUCAUGGUAAACGUUAGGACAGUGCAGAGUGUGGUAGAACAGAGGGUCAUGGUAAACGUUAGGACAGUGCAGAGUGUGGUAGAACAGAGGGACAUGGUAAACGUUAGAACACUGCAGAGUGUGGUAGAACAGAGGGUCAUGGUAAACGUUAGGACAGUGCAGAGUGUGGUAGAACAGAGGGUCAUGGUAAACGUUAGGACAAUGGAGAGUGUGGUAGAACAGUGGGACAUGGUAAAUGUUAGGACAAUGGAGAGUGUGGUAGAACAGAGGGUCAUGGUAAACGUUAGGACAAUGGAGAGUGUGGUAGAACAGAGGGACAUGGUAAACGUUAGGACAAUGGAGAGUGUGGUAGAACAGAGGGACAUGGUAAACGUUAGGACAAUGGAGAGUGUGGUAGAACAGAGGGACAUGGUAAACGUUAGGACAAUGGAGAGCGUGGUAGAACAGAGGGACAUGGUAAACGUUAGGACAAUGGAGAGUGUGGUAGAACAGAGGGACAUGGUAAACGUUAGGACAAUGGAGAGUGUGGUAGAACAGAGGGACAUGGUAAACGUUAGGACAAUGGAGAGUGUGGUAGAACAGAGGGACAUGGUAAACGUUAGGACAAUGGAGAGUGUGGUAGAACAGAGGGACAUGGUAAACGUUAGGACUGGAGAGUGUGGUAGAACAGAGGGACAUGGUAAACGUUAG